AGGGGAUUUCUACUGCGAUCUUGACAGUGAGAGACCGUGCGCGUGAGUGUCACCGCGAGUCCAACAUUAUAUUUAUUACAGUGUUCCAUUGUGUGUUUUGUGUGAUGUUAAUAGUGUCAAUAGUUCCCGGAUUUAUCAAUGGAUGCUAUUGAAACAUAAAUUUUCUCAAUAAAUAACGUGACAGAACGCAUCAUACGGUGAUGAAGAUUGAAAUUAUCAAAACAAAAUGGACACGAAAAGAAAUCAGAGGCCCCGCAGAACGGAAUGGAGGUUCCCGGAGGGAAUAUUAUUAGUAUCAUUGUAUAUAAUUUGUUUAAUUGUAAAAUGCAACGCUCAGACUCUCAAAGAUGAUUCAAGUCAUACUGAAAGUGUAACCAAAAUUAAUUUAGAUAGUACCUUAGAAUCUAACGCCUGCCAUAGCUGUUCUAAUAGUCAAAUGGAUGUAGAUGUAAAUAAAGAUUUAAAUGAUAAAACAGAUGAAUCAGAAAGCGUAAUGGGUAAAUUAAUAGAUUCUUUAAGUACGUUUUGCGAAAAAUACGUGUUUGUAAAUAAUACAGAACGAAGGUUAAGCGAAGUUUUGGAAAAUGCAAUAGAUCAUGCAUUGACCAAGGAGAGAUAUGAAAUCUUCGAAGGAGUGGAAAUUAAAUCGAUUAACGUAAGCAAAUCAAACGAAGUUCAGAAAGAAGAUGAUGCAGAAGCGAGAGCACUUUUCAGUUCAUAUACAUAUGAAUACAGAUUGUUCAAGAAGGUGAAAGAUUUUAUAGAUACGCACAUUCUGUCCAUCAAUUUACCGAAAGCAGCACGGGUGAUAGGAUUUAGAUCGUUUGGCCUGAAGAAAUUUUUCCUCCCACUCCUAAUAGGCAUGCAAGUUUUCAAGAGCAUCCUUCUAGCGAUGUUUUUGCCCAGUAUAUUAGGCAGUUUCGGGAAAAUCCUUGGGAAAGGCAUAUCUCAUCUUUCCGCAACUUCGAGCCAAGCCAGCUACCCACCAGCUAAUGCAGAUGAUCAAUCUGCUUAUAGUAACGAUAACAAAGACUUCAUGGGCUACGAAACCAACCAAGCAGGCACGUACGCGUUCGCACAGGAUUACGGCAAUAUGGACCCUAAUGACGCCAACGAUCUAUCUAAUAUUGAUAUGUCUAGAUUCGGUGUAGGUGGACAGAAAGUAUCUUACCUUCCUUCCAAAAACAGUUACUAUAAGAAUCAGAUGGCCAACAAUUAUAAGAUGUUCCAGAAGAUUCCAGCAUCAUCUAUGAUCCUGAGUAAUUACGACCCGUUCUAUUCUCCGCUACUCUCCCGUCUGGACGGUAUCUUCGCGAGUCUCGGUCUUGCUCCUACGGAGAGUUCAACAGAGGUCUCACAGCCUCAGAUCGGAGGCCAGACCCUCAGCGACGUGAAACUAGAAGCCUGCAGGGAACAACUCAUUUGUUUGAUGUACGCAAAUCCCGCCAAAUAUGCACCCUACAGCAACCUCGUGUCUGCUCAGUUGAGCAGAGAGCUAAAUGAGCUUCGGCGCCCAGUAUCGGACAAUCCGGAAAUACUACGUUUCUUUAGGUACAUGCGAGCGGCGCGGCGCGGCCAAGAGGGGGUCGACUGCAUACAAGCGAACCCGGCCUGUACCGUCAGCACGCCCACGCACACUAUGAUAGCCGCCUACCAUGAUAUCAACAAACUUGUCUCCGCAAGGAAAAUACACUGAUUCAAUACAAUUUCUAUUUCCAUGUAGAUUUAUGACGUCAUGGAACUAGUGGACAGGAUGAGGCGUUUGAUUAGGUACUUUAGGCAGAAACCGAAAGAGUGGAAGAAAUUCUAUUGCUGGCGGACCUCGGGUGGUGGAAUGAUGUUGCUAUUGUUUGGAAAAAGACGCAGUUUCGAAUCCCGCCUCGUGAUCAGUUUUUCUAUAUACAUAAUUCUCAGCAUUUGAUUGUUCAAUGACAAUUUAUAAUUAUUUUCAAAAAUGUUUAAUUGUAUUUUGCAUAUAUGUUGAAAAAGGUCGCGUGGAAUUAGUUAUAUUUAGAAAUUGCAAAGCAGUGUAUAAAUAGUAAAAUAGACACGACACACCAAUAUUGGUUGUCUACUUAAGAUAAAAUUAGAUAUUAUUUUGAAGUUGUAUUUACUUAAUCGAUUCAAUUAAAAGAAUGCACCAUGCACAUCUAUUUGUUUGGACACCGUCUUCUCAGGAACUAAUGGUUCGAUAUGGAAAAACGCAAUAAGUUAUCUAUUAUCAAAACUACAUGUGUCUAGCCAUAGUUUACAGUUAGUUACAGUUUUAAAUCAAAAUAUAUUUUACACAGUAAUUUAAACAACGCUUUAAAAAUUUAUCAAAGAAUGAAUUAUUUUAUAGUAAAAACGCUUUCUUUUUUAACCACGUUCCCUAAAAGUCCAUCUUUUUAUUUUAAAUUUGUAACAUUUUUGAUAGGCAUAUUCUGUAUAUGUUUGCACAAUAUUCAUUUAUAUACUGAACGUUGUAGAUUAUAUUAUUCCACUAGCUUUGCACGCGGCUUCGCACGCGUUA